GAUGUCGGUGGACGGAGAUCCAGGUAUCAGUCAGACAGCAGUCAGCUGCUUGACUUCGGCUUCCGAGGACACUAUCGAUUUAACUAGACGAUAAAAAAGGGAGUGGAGAAGAGCCCUGAACCUGAACAUGAGGCGCCUGUCCAGAAAGAAGGCUCUGAGCCUGGUGAAGGAGCUGGACGCCUUCCCCAAAGUGUCAGAGAGCUACGUGGAGACAUCAGCGUCAGGAGGAACAGUGUCGCUCAUAGCUUUUAGUGCCAUGGCGCUUUUGGCUGUCUUAGAGUUCUUUGUUUAUCGAGAUACUUGGAUGAAGUAUGAAUAUGCGGUUGAUAAGGAUUUUUCCAGUAAACUGAGAAUAAACAUUGACGUUACAGUCGCCAUGAAAUGCCAGCAUGUGGGAGCAGAUAUUCUGGACCUGGCCGAGACCAUGAUCACAUCCAGCGGCCUGCAGUAUGAGCCUGUUAUUUUUGAACUGACUCCACAACAGAGACUGUGGCAAAGGACGCUGCUUCUCAUUCAGAGCAGGCUGAGAGAGGAACAUGCCCUACAAGAAGUCCUCUACAAAACUCUCCUCAAAGGAGCUCCUACUGCUCUGCCACCACGGGAGGAUGCUUCUGUGGAACCGCUCACUGCCUGCAGGAUACAUGGACACGUGUACGUCAACAAGGUGGCAGGAAACCUACACAUCACUGUGGGAAAACCUAUUCAUCACCCUCAGGGCCAUGCACACAUUGCAGCUUUUGUGAGCCAUGAGACGUACAACUUCUCCCAUCGAAUAGACCAUUUAUCUUUUGGGGAGGAGAUACCAGGCAUCAUUAAUCCUCUGGACGGCACAGAGAAAAUCACCUACAACAAUAACCAGAUGUUCCAGUACUUUAUCACAGUGGUUCCCACCAAACUGAACACAUACAAGAUAACUGCGGACACACACCAGUUCUCUGUGACCGAGCGAGAGCGAGUGAUAAACCACGCAGCAGGCAGUCACGGCGUUUCUGGAAUCUUUGUCAAGUACGACACCAGCUCUCUGAUGGUGACCGUCAGCGAGCAGCACAUGCCACUUUGGCAGUUCCUUGUGCGACUGUGUGGCAUCAUUGGAGGCAUAUUCUCCACGACAGGCAAGUCUGCUUUCACCUGCAAUCAUAUUUAG